AUGGAAAGCCUAUUUUCCAUGGCUGCUUUUCUCUCUUUUCUCAUUCUUUCUGCAUUAAUGACAGCAUCAGCCCAGCAACAAAGAUAUUCCAAUAUUUCCCUAGGAUCUUCUUUAACAACUGCUACAAAUUCACCAUGGUUGUCACCUUCUGGACUCUAUGCCUUUGGAUUCUACAAUGUAACCAAUGGCUAUGCCGUUGGAGUUUUUAUUGCUGGGAUUCCAGAAAAGACUGUAGUGUGGACGGCCAACAGGGAUGAUCCCGUUUUUCCCAGAAAUGCCAAUUUGCUAUUAACNCCAAUGGCUAUGCCGUGGGAGUUUUUAUUGCUGGGAUUCCAGAAAAGACUGUAG